GGGAGCAACAUGGACCGCUACCGCGUCAUUGUCUCCGACGGAGAGCACUUCCUGCAGUCUAUGCUGGCCACUCAGCUCAACCACCUUGUGGAGGAGGAGCAGAUUCUGAAGCACUCUAUCGCCGUCAUCGAAAAGUUCACGUGCAAUCUCGUGCAGGGCAAGAAGUUGUUGAUUAUUCUGGCUUUGCGUGUCGUUCAGAAGGAGGCCGAGAAGAUUGGUAACCCCGUCGGCAUUCAAGCUCGGGCUGGAGGUAGCAUCGAGGCUCAAGCGUCUCCCUCGGCUGCUGUUACCCCUGCCCCUGCCGCCUCCACCAAACCAGCCGUUUCUGCCGCUCCUGCUCAAUCUUCGCGUCAGCCCACCCAAGGGAAUCGAGGCGGCCGUACUGCGAUAUACCCUAUCGAGAGUUUGAGCCCUUACCAGAACCACUGGACUAUCAAGGCUCGUGUCAUCUCGAAGAGCGAGAUUCGGACAUGGUCGAACCAGAGAGGCGAGGGCAAGUUGUUCAACAUCACGCUCAUGGAUGAAAGCGGGGAGAUUCGUGCGACCGGUUUCAAUGCCACUGUCGAUGAACUGUACGACCGCAUUCAGGAAGGCAAGGUUUACUUCAUCUCCAAGGCCAAGGUCAACCUGGCGAAGAAGAAGUUCUCCAACAUUGCCAACGAGUACGAGCUUGCCUUAGAACGUAACACGGAGAUCGAAGAGUGUCCUGACGCUGCUGACGUUCCGACGGUGAAGUUCAAUUUCACUCCCAUCGCGAACCUCCAAGAGAUCGCCAAGGAUGCAGUUUGCGACAUCGUCGGUGUCGUCAAAGAGGUCGGAGAACUAUCCUCAAUCACGUCGAAGGCGACGAGCAAGCAGAUCCCUAAGAAGGAGUUGACAGUGGUCGACGCGUCUGGUUUCUCCGUUAAGGUUACGUUGUGGGGCAAACAGGCAGAACAAUACAACGAGGUGGACUACCCGGUCAUUGCGUUCAAGGGCGCCAAAGUCGGAGACUUCCAAGGCCGCUCCCUCUCGAUGAUGAGUUCGAGCAGUCUCAUCAUCAACCCUGAUAUCCCUGAAGCGCACCAUCUCCGUGGUUGGUACGAUGCGGCAGGCGCCGAACAAACCUAUCAGUCCCACACGAACACUAUGUCGUCUGGUGGUGGCGUUUCCUUCGAUCGCGCAGAGAUCCGCAGCCUGAACGACGUCAAAACCUCGGAGCUGGGCAUGUCCGACAAAGUCGAUACCUUCUCAUCUCGGGCGACAAUCAUGCACAUCAAGGGGGACAACAUCGCAUACCCUGCGUGUCCAUCGCAAGGCUGCAACAAGAAGGUUGUGCUCAUGGGCGACAGUUGGCGAUGCGAGAACUGCGACAAGUCCUACCCUCAACCGGAGCACAGAUACAUCGUCCCGAUGGCUGUUGCUGACUACUCGGGUCAAGCGUGGUUCCAAGGUUUUAACGAUGUUGGGCUGAUUGUCUUCGGCAUGCCUGCGAACGAUCUUGUGGCCAUCAAGGAACGGGAUGAUACUGAGUUCAACCGCGUGCUGGAGGGCACCAUUGGCACCACCUACAACUUCGCCUGCCGCGCAAAGCAGGACAACUACAACGAUCAAGCGCGUGUCCGCUACGGUAUCUCGCGCAUCUUGCCGUUGGACUACCGUGAGGAGGCUACGUACCUCGCGAACCUCCUUCGCCGCAGCGAGUGGAGCAACUGAGCGCGCAGCUAGAACCACCUUUGAGUUCAGAUAGUCGAGUUUGUAUCAUCCGGUUUGCCCUUGUCGCAGUGUACCAGUAUCGUGUAACUUGUUGAUUUGCGACAGCUAUGCAGUGUUCG